UUUUUUUUAUCACGUGCCUGAGUUUGACGCACGUCAUGAUCCCUCUCUUCUGUUGCUGUGCAGUCCACCCGGAGAGCGGAGAGCGGAGAGCGGAGAGCGGUACGUACCCUUACUCUAACCGGGUACGAAGAGAAGGCUGUGAUAACAAUGCCAUGCCAUAACACAAAGCAAGGGCAAAACGACAUGUGACCUGGUGAAACCUGAGGCACGCAGCCAACCGUAGUGAAACCUCAGGCACCCAAGGGGAGAGGCCUCGCCUCGUCCCCCCUGUCUGCGCUCCCAAAGGUGGAGCCUGUCGAGACGGACGGGACGUGGUAAAAGGCUCCAGCCGCAACAGCGCAGCCUCACCUACGAAUAAAUAAGUUUCGAGUACGUAUAGAUCAACAACCAACACCUCCCUCUUUACGACUACACCACGACACAACAGCGAACGGCCACGGCCACGGCGACGACGACAACCACCACCACCACCACCACCACCCCCCACCAUGGCAAUCCGCCUCAACCUCCCCCCCAUCACGCGCGGCCUCCUCCUCCUCUUGAUCUUCCAAUCCCUCCUCUCAGCCGCGGUCCACUUCCAGAGCCCAGCCGAGGACCUAGUGAUCCCCUACAUAACCCUCAUCCCGUCGAUGUCGCUCAUCUACCCCUGGACCUUGGUCACGUCCACUUUCGUCGAGACCAACAUCCUCUCCCUCGCCAUCUCGGUGCUGACGAUCUGGCAUGGAGGGCGCUACCUCGAGCGCGCGUGGACGUCGAGGGAGUUUGCGAAGUUUGUGGCGAUGGUCGCGUUGGUUCCUAAUGUGUAUACAUUCUCCACGCUGGUGGUUAUGUACGCCAUUACCGGCGACGUGACUUGGUCCCUCACCCCCAUCUCCGGCACCACCGCCCUCCAAGUCGCCCUCCUAACCGGCCUCUCCCAACUUCUCCCCACGCACACCAUAACCCUCUUCCGUGGCAUCCUCUCCCUCCGCCUCCCCCGCCUCCCCCUCCUCCACCUGCUCCUCGUCACCCUCCUCGCCCUCCUCCCCAUCUACACCGUCGCCGCCCCCCUGCUCUCCCUCUCCGGUUUCCUCACCGCCUGGGCACACCUGCGUUUCCUGCGCCUCCCCCUGCCCGACCUCGACUCUCCCGGCCCCCUGCGCGGCGACGCCUCGGAUGCAUUCGCGUUGGCGCAGUUCUUUCCCGAGCCGGCGCGUCCAGCUGUCGAGGCGGCGGGGGAUGUGUUGGCGAAGCUGGGGUUGGCGCCGAAGACACCGGUGGUUGUGGCGAGUGCGGGUUCGAAUCAGGGAGGAGGAGGGGGAGGGGGGAGGGGAGGGGGGAGAGCAGAGAAUGAGAGGAGGAGGGCACUAGCGCUCAAGGAGCUAGAUUUGAGGUUGCAGGCUGCGACGGCGGCGAGGGCGGGGAAGACGGGGGAGGCGAGUGGGGUGAAGCAGCCGGAGGUGGGGGAGGUUAUGAAGGCGCCUGAGGGGGGGGGGCAGGCGUAGGGGGUUUGUUUUUGUAGGGUGUGUUUGAUUUUAAGGGGUUGUACGAUGGGAUUAGGAUGAGGAGUGUAUAUGAGGGAGGAGAAUGAACAAGGUGAUGGCAGACGGCCGUGUCAGCUUCUCGGUAUGUUUGGGUGGGUUUGUAUACCAAUUCGUUUAUCUGUAGUGUAUUUCAUAUAUCCAAGCCUGUCAGCCCCUUAUCCGCCGUCGGUGUAAGACCGGGCCGUAAAACCUGCACGGCGCAAUCCCGAACUUUUGUCUGUGUAUCGGCACUGCAGUGCAGUGCAGUGCACUGCGGUACACUCUGCGCUGUGUGUUCUCCAAUGCAUACUACUCUCCUAUGCAUGGUCUCCUAUGCACGACGCACCGCAGAUGCAUAUAUAUACCCCCCGUCGCACCGCAGGUAUGUGAGCCGCAGGUAUGUGGGCCCCCACCCACCGUCCAGCUGUCACCUGUACAGUAGAUGUGGCCAUCACUCAAGUGUCCUGGAGAGAGUGUACGCGGUUCGGCCAUGUCAGACAGGCGGAGAAGCCAAUGCGGGCACACAGGCACGGGUGUUGGUGUUAAACAGCUUCCCCCGUUCUCGGCGAUUCUCAGACACUGGGAGAUGCUAGGGAGAUGAGAUGCUAGACAGACGGGGACAAGCAGUACUGGUGUCGCGUUUACGGUCACCUUUUCUUUUCCUUUUACUCGGUUGGUUUGGUGGCUGGAGCGUAGUGGCUGGUGAAGUGGUCAUCCUCGGUAUACUGAACUGGGUGGCGGCGGUGGUGGUGAUGGUGGGUUG